AUGGCGAUGAUGAUGACUGGCCGUGUGCUGCUGGUGUGUGCCCUCUGCGUGCUGUGGUGCGUUCCGGCCGAUGGAGAUAUUGUUGUUGUUUCUGGUGGGGACGACAACAUUCUGAAAGAAUUAUUUAUUCCAGUUGCGAGAUUGCGGUUAAGACAAGAAAAAAGAGCAGCAGAAGCAAUAGCUGACGCAAAGGCAGCAGCAGAAACAGCAGCAAAGGCAGCAAAAGCAGCAACAGAAGCAACAAAAACAGCAGCAGUAAAAGCAGAAGAAGCAGAGGCAGCAGCAGAGGCAGCAGCCAAAGCAGCAGAAGCGGCAGAAGCGGCAGCAGAAGAAGCAAAAGCAGCAGCCACAGAAGCGGCAAAGGCUGUAGACACAGAGGAAAAAGCAAGAGCAGCAGCAGCAGCAGCUGAAUCAGCAGCAACAAAAGCAACGACAGCAUCAAAAGCAGCAACAAAAGCAAAAGCAGCAGCAGAAGAAGCAAAGGCAGCGGCAGAGGCUGCAGCAGCAAAGGCAGAAGAAGCGGAAGCAAAGGCAGCAGCAGAGGCAGCAGCAACGGCAACAGAAGCGGCAGAAGCAGCAAAGGCAGCAGCAGAGGCAGCAGCAGAGGCAGCAGCAACGGCAACAGAAGCGGCAGAGGCAGCAGCCACAGCAGCAAACGCGGCAACAGCUGCAGCAAAAGCAGCAGAAGAAAAAGAUGAAGCAGAAGAAGCAGCAAAAGAAGCAGCAAAAGAAGCAGCAGCAGCAAAAAUAAUAGCAGCAUCAGCAGCAAAAGCAGCAAAAGAAGCAGCAGAAAAGGCAGAAAAAGCAAAAGCAGCAGCAGAAACAGCCGAAGCAAAAGCAGCAGCAGCAGCAGAAGCAGCAGCAGCAGAAAAGGCAAAAGCAGCAGCAACGGAAGCGGACGCAAAAGCAACAGCAGCAAAGACAGCAGAGGCAGCAGCAGAAGCACUGCGAGGAACAACAGUCGGAGAAGAGAAAGGAAAAACAGCAAUACAUGAUCAGGAUAAUUCAGUCGAACACCAUUCUGGAGAAAAACAAGAGCUUCUACAAGAACAAGAACCGGAACGACAAGAAAAAGAACAGCAUGAAAAGCAGCAACACCAACAGCGUGAGCAUUCCGCACGAAAUACUGAAGAAUCCGCGAAAGACAAUACUGCUAAUGGUACAAAUGCAACCGCAAUUACGGACGACACCGACAGCAGCACCGCGGUCUCCCACACCACCUCCCCUCUUUUGCUUCUUCUUGUUUUUGCGUGUGCUGCUGCUGCUGCGGUGGUGGCCGCGUGA